GGCGCAUGCGCGCAACCGAUGCCCCGCCUCCCCACAAGGCUCCGCGCAUCCGCGGCAAAGAUGGCGGCGCUGAGCGGCCCUGCGCCGUGGCGGCGGGGCUGGCUGCCCGCCCUGCAGCUCGUCCGGCGCGCCUCUAAGGCGGUCACCCGGCACUGGAAGGCCAUGCACUUCCAGCGCCAGAAGCUGAUGGCCGUCACCGAGUACAUCGCGCCGAGGCCCGCCGUCCCCGAGCGCUGCCUGCCUGCUAAGAGGAAGGCGGAGAAGGAGGAGGAGGAGGAGGAGUACGGCUACGCCCGGCUGCUCCGGCGGCAGGUGGAGGAGGUGUUCCGGGACAACCGGAUGGUCGCGGUGUGUCAAUACAACUACAUGCCCGGGGAGGACAUGGUGCUGAUGAGGCACUACCUGCGGAAGCACAAUAUUGAGGUCAAAUUCGUCCUGAACGAGAUCGUCCGCCCCGUGCUGUCCAAGUCUCGCUAUAAGAACCUCCUCCCGCUCUUUGUGUCCCGCAAUAUCCUUCUGGUGAGCCCAGAAACGAAGGCCAAGGAGAUGCUGCGGAUCCUGAAGGGAGUGCCGCAGAUCAACCUGCUGGGUGCCUGCAUUGACGACACCAUCCUGAGCAGGCAGGGAGUGGAGAACUUUGCCAAGCUGCCCUCACUGGAGGCCUCGCAGGGGCAGACGCUGGGCGCCCUGGCACUCCUGCCCUCCCAGACGUGUUCCAUGCUGCAGCACGGAGCCGCACACCUCACAGCACUGCUGGACGGGCACAUCCACCAGCUGCAGGCUGGGGCUGGCAAGACAGAGAGCCCAGCAGGGACAGAGCCUGCCCAGAGCUCGGGGACACAGUGACACUCAUCCCCAGCCCCCAGUUGUGCCCAUUCACCAGCUGUGCUUGCAGGCAGGGCUUGGAGGUUCAGCCAUGCGUGGGCAACCAGCAGUGGGUCUGAGUCUGGCCCAGCUCGUCCCUUCGUUCCACUCCAGUGCUCUCCAUCCAGUCUGCAUGCACCAGUGGCACAUGGGGUCGGCCCAGCUGUGCUUUGGGUGCUGUGGGACGUGCUCAGGGAAGCUCUGGUUCUGACUGAAGAGGGCAGAGACCUGUGGCUGUGCUGGCAUGGAAGACGUCCAAUGCUCAGAGCCACCAGUGGCGUGCAGGAGUGUGCUGCAGCUCUCCCUGUAUGGCAGGCAUGGAGCUGAGCGCGUGGGGCUGCUGGCUGUUGCAUUAAAGUUGGCUGCGUGGUGGUAGCGA